UUGACCCUGCUGUGUGUAAUUCUGCUGCUGGUGGACUCUUGGAGUUUGUUUGCUUGUAAAAAUUUCAGCAUGUGACUAUAAAAGAGCUGUAAAAGCCGUGAAACUUAAACAUCGCUGCUUAUUCAGGUGCAUCUUUAACCAGACAGUAGAAGAUGGAGGUGACGACUCAGCCUGGACCGUUCGCUCCCUCUGACUUCCAGACCGGACUGUUUGAGUGCUGUGACGACUGCGGUACCUGUAUGUAUGGGUGCUGCUGUCUCGUCUGUCUGGGCUGUACCAUCGCCGACAAUAUGGGGGAGUGCUGUUUGUGUGGACUGGGAAUGCCCAUCCGUAGUGUGUACAGAACCAAAUACAACAUCAAGGGUUCGAUGUGUAAAGACUUUAUAAUCACUGAUUUCUGCUUACCCUGCGCAACCUGCCAGCUGAAGAGAGACAUCGACAGGAGGAAGCAGCAGGGGAUCUUCUGAAUCUCAUGAGAGUCUUUACACCGCUGAAGAUCAAACCAAGCUGCGAUUUUCCUCAUUUUGUGCUUAAAGUGUAAAUGUGUGAAAGCUGUAAGGAACAAUUAUAAUGAUUUUAUACCUACAAA